AUGCAGCUUUUUGUUUGUAUUGCUACUUGUUCAAACCUCAAGAUAAAACUAUUACAAGACAAGGCGGGGGGAGACUCAUUUAUUGGAGAAGGGUUCAAAAAUUGGAAGAAGAAGGAUAAACUGUUAAGUCAUGUUGGAGAUCAUAAUAGUGCACAUAAUAAGACCAGACACAAAUGUGAAGAUCUGAUGAAGACUAAAGAACAAAGUCUUCCUAUUCUAUGGUUGAGCAAAGAUGAGAGAAACAAAAAAGAUUAUAGGUUAUUGUUAACCACUGCAGUUGAUUGUGUUCGAUUUCUUUUACGUCAAGGUUUAUCAUUCCGUGGGCAUGAUGAGUCACCCGGAUCUGAUAAUCGAGGUUUGAAGGCCUUAAUACUUAAUGAUAACACUCAUGCAUUCUAUGUUCACUGUUUUGCUCAUCAGCUUCAACUGUGCUUAGUUGCUGUAGCUAAAAACCAUUGGCAUGCGAAACAUCUUUUUGAGAUCACUUCAAGAAUUGUCAAUACCGUUGGAGCUUCAUGUAAGAGAAGUGAUGCUCUUAGAGCAAUUCAACAUGAUAAAAUAUUGUUUCAUUUGUCUAAAGGGGAGUUGAGCAGUGGUAGAGGAUUGAACCAAGAGACAAGCUUACAACGAGCUGGUGACACUCGUUGGGGUUCACAUUUUCAUACAUUAAUUAGCUUGAAGAAAAUGUAUGCGUCAGUAAUUGAAGUUCUUGAAAUUAUCAAAGAAGAUGGGGUACAUGAUCAACAAGCCGUUGAAUCUGGUGUCACCAAUGAGUUAUCACAGGCCUUGCAGAGAAAAGAUCAGGAUAUAGUGAAUGCAAUGAAGUUAGUGCAAAUCUCUAAACAACAAUUACAGAUUAUGAGGGAUAAUGGAUGGAAUUUCUUAUUGGAAGAAGUAUCUCGUUUUUGUAAUGUUUUUGAAGUUGUUGUUCCUGUUAUGAGUUCUACAUUCAAAACUCGUCGACGAUCAACACGAAGAAAUGAUGACGUAACAAAUUUACAUCAUUACCGAGUGGAAUUCUUUUACACUAUUAUUGAUAUGCAACUUCAAGAGCUGAAUAAUAGAUUAUCUGAAGCUAGUACUGAAUUGCUUCUUUGCAUAUCAUGUCUAAAUCCAAGUAACUCAUUCUCUGCUUAUAAUAAAGAGAAAUUAAUUCGACUUGCAGAACUAUAUUCAGCUGAUUUUUCAGUAGUUGAACUUGUGGCUUUAGAGCACCAGCUAUCAACAUACAUUCUUGAUAUGCAUACAAGUGAGGAAUUCUCAUCUUUGGAGAGCAUUGUUGAUCUUGCAAAAUAA